GGCAGCGAUUCGUAAGAUUUUGGAAAACGAAACCGGUGGCGCACUAUGUCCGAGCUGUCAGAUGCCCUUCGAUAAGGGCAAAAAGAGGAAGCUGAUAGACACCUGCGGUCACGAGCGGUGCUACUCAUGCAUGUUUCGAAACGAGAUCUGCCCAAUAUGCCACCCGAGCGUGCAACAGGAUAUUGACCAUGACAUUUUAUCAGGCCACGGUGGAUACUUAAGUAGAAAGAUGCAUGGUUACGACACAGGAAUCGGCAGCACAACGACGCUGCUCAGUCCUCUCGGUUCACCUCAACCCGUUUGUCGCUCACAGGCUCGACAGCCUGGACACUUUUCACCAACAUAUCAAAGCCCAAGUGAUCUCAUGUCAACAGACAUUUACAAAUUGAAGGACAGGCCGCCCAGGUGCCCGUCUGCAUCAGGAAAAUCUGAAUCGCAUUACGCUAGCAUAUCGACUGCUUCCUUCGGCGUCGGUAUGAAGCCUUCCCAGCGGUCGGGACUUAAUAGCAGUAGUGAAAUUUCCUCCAGUGCCUGUGCAACACCUCCACAGAACCGAAGACGCCUCUUCAGUCCCAAAAACCUGCGAAGUCCAUUCGGUUACCGUAGAAGCAAUACUGCAACCGACAACUCGACGCUGUCUGGUUUAGCGUCUCUAUUGAAUCCGGCCACAUAUCAUCGGACCGCAACGGCAGGAACCAGCAAUUUACCCUCAUCGGCAUCGUCACCAGCAGCAACGACUUCCCCGACAACGGUCAACAAGAGACAACGGAACGCUAAUGAUAGCCAUAAAUUUCAUCGUCUGAGUUUGGGCAAAGCCUCGAUGGUUUUUGGCAAAAUUAAAUCCCUAUGGUCAGCGCAAGCGUCGACGGCCAACGCCGGACUGAAUCAAUUAGCAGACGAUGAAGGUGGCAACGUAAAACCGAUGCUACUCAACGGAAAAUCCAAAUCAUCGCAGGACGAGUUGCAAGUUCGACUCGGUUUCUUCCUGGAAAACAACCCUCGCCGAAAUAUGCGCGCACCGAUACAAUCCUGUAGUUCGCUAGCCUCAACCAACACCAGUCCGGUGUCGACCCUCACCGGAUCUUCGGAAGCCGAUGUUUCUCGUGCUCAACAAAUACAAGAACCAAACCACUACAAUACCGGCUGUGAUUCCAUAGGCUCAAUGAUGUCGGUAUCAAUAUCGGAGCAAAGCAAUGCAUCCUCGAGCCCCAUGAGUCGGAGGCACUCGGUUACUACAUCUCAAGGUGGCGGUAAUGUGGACGACCUAGCAUUGUUCAAAACCAGGAAAACUACUGUUAGAAGGUCGGCUCGAUCGGGUCAAAUCAAGGGGCCAAUUGAUCCGAAAAUCAGAUUUGCACAAUACCGUCAACAUCUACAACUUACGUUGAAACCAUUAUUCUUCGAAGUACCUACACAGGAACCGGAUCCGUUGUUUGUUGGACGUCAUUGGUUAGUACGCGAACUGGCCAAUGCUGUCCAGUCUACCGAUUCACCUGGUAUACUAUUGAGCGGUAACUUGGGAACUGGAAAAACAGCUCUUCUUCUGCAAUUGGUAGAAUACUCAUGUUUUGGACGUCGUAAAGAAAUGCCUAUCCAGGAGAACGAUGGAAUCUACUGCCAAAUCAACGUUGCACAUGACAGAUUGCGUAAUCUUGCUUCGCACGUGGUAGCAUACCACUUCUGCCAAGCGGACAACAAUUCAACCUGCCUUAUUCCGGAUUUCAUUCACUCUCUAGCGGCUCAACUCUGCCAGGCACCACAGCUGGCUGCCUACCAUGAGUUCCUACUCGGUGAACAAGCUCUUCAGAAUGUUCUUAGUGUAAAAGAAUGUAUUGCUGACCCUGAACGAGCCAUGAUCAUGGGUAUACUGGAACCAUUAUCCGCACUACGGAGGGUGGGAAAGAUACCCCCUAAGAACAGCGUUAUUCUGAUAGACGCAUUGUGCGAAGCAGAGUAUCACAGGCCAGAUCACGGUGAAACAAUUGCAUCGUUCCUGCAAAAGAUGGCAGAACAUUUCCCAUCGUGGUUGAAAGUAAUUGCUACAAUUCGGACGCAAAUGUUGGAAUUCACAAAGGGAUUGCCAUACACGAAGAUGAGUCUCGACAAUUGGAAUAGCAAUGAGGCGCUGCAAAAGGAUAUUCUCGAAUAUAUUACAUUCCGGAUCAAUCAGAGUUCCAGCAUUCAGCACAACAUUGCCGGAGGCAAAGAAAUUGUUAAUACAAGCCUACAUUUCAAAUUUGCUCAACAUUUGCUAAGUCUUACGAAAGGUUCCUUCCUGUAUGCCAAGCUGACGUUAGAUCUGAUCGAACGUGGUAGCUUGGUUAUCAAAUCGAGCAGCUUCAAGGUGCUUCCAGUUUCAUUGGCUCAAAUAUUCUUACUCAACUUUAAUCUGCGGUUCCCGACAACGACCGCCUAUGACAAGAUCUCCAGUAUUUUGAGCGUCUGUUUGGCUGCUCUCUAUCCGUUGACAUUGACCGAAUUGUUCUACUCGGUCAACGCCUUGAUAGUAGAAGGUGAAGGAGGGGAACAUAUCGAUUGGGAAGAAUUUAUGUGCAGAUUUAAAACAUUGACGGGAUUCCUGAUCAAGCGGAUAGACAAUACGUACAUGUUCUUUCAUCCUUCGUUCAGGGAAUGGUUGAUAAGGCGUGACGAUGGAGAAAGCACUAAGUUCACUUGUGAUCUCAGAAACGGUCAUGCUGGUAUAUCUCUGCGCUUAUCUCGCCUGCAAGCUCCAUUGGAUCCAGAGCAGGCCCUCGAGCUGGGUCACCAUAUACUGAAAGCACACCUUUACCGUGCAGCGCCUCAGCAUCAAUCACCAAGAGAUUUGCAAGCAUUUUGGGUCGCUUCUGUAACGUUGUGCGUUUCUUCUGCGUUGUGUACCCUUAGAAAUGUGUACAGUCCCAACAUUAAAGUAUCUAGACUGCUUCUGCUAGCAGGUGCUUCACCAGAUCACAUAACUAGCUUUUUGGGCAACGCCACCGUCCUAUGCAUAGCUGCCCAUGAAGGAAUAGUGCCAAUGGUUAGCCUCCUAUUGGAAUUUGGAGCCAACGUUGAGAAAACCAACAGCCAAGGUUGCACUCCACUGAUCCUAGCCUCGGCGAAGGGACACUGCGAUGUCGUUCGACAGCUUGUUGCCGCUGGUAGUGCUCUUGGUCAGACAGAUACGUCCCAGAGAUGUGCAUUGGUUCACGCCGCCAUCACUGGGAAGCUCAAGGUUGUUAAAUAUCUCGUGGCAUGCGAUUGGAACCCAAGACCGAAAAGUAACGACGUCACAUUAGAACAGGCAGCUCAACAAGCAUUGAUAGCUGCAUCAGGCCAAGGAAAUACCGAGAUUGUAGAGGAUUUCUUGGACAUGGGUGAAGUGCACGUGAACAGGUUGGACAUCAUUACCGGUGAAACGGCGCUAACAACGGCUUGCAUAAAUGGACACACGGAAACUGUGACAAUCCUUCUCAGUCGAGGAGCUGCGACUGAUGUUAGAAACCGAAAAGAGCAAUCGCCUCUGCUAAUUGCAGUUAAGGAAGGUCACUGGGCAAUAGUCGAGAGAUUAUUACAAAAUCAAACUGACGUCGAACAGACAGAUAGCAAUGGGAAAACAGCACUGAUGGUUGCAGCUGAAGAGGGACACGUUGGAAUAAUUGAAUUGCUACUCAAUAGAGGAGCAUUUCUCAGUACGUUAGAUAAGGAUGGCCUCAGUGCACUCAGCUGGGCAUGCCUUCGAGGAAAACAACAGGCUGCCAAAUGCUUAUUGGAAAGAAAUGCAGAUAAACAGCAUGCAGACAAUACCGGCAGAACCCCACUGGAUUUGGCUGCCUAUCAAGGAUCGGCAGCAUUAGUUCAAAUGCUACUAGAUCAUGGAGCACAGAUCGAACAUGUCGACAUCAAUGGAAUGAGACCCUUGGAUCGGGCUAUUGCAUGUCGUAAUGUUCAGGUGGUACAGGUUUUCCUGAAACGGGGAGCUAAGCUAGGGCCUGCUACUUGGGCCAUGGCCAAUGGGAAGUCCGAGAUAAUGCUCAUACUUUUGAACAAACUUCUAGAAGACGGAAACACCUUAUAUCGAAAAAACCGCCUGCAAGAAGCAUCUCAUCGCUAUCAGUAUGCUUUGAAGAAAAUACCUUCGGUUUCACAAGCUUCAAACACCAGCACAACUAAUGAUAAUGGCACAGAACAGUCACCUCUGUACUCAGCUGAUACUAACAACAACUCUGCUAAUCAUGCAACCUUCCAACAAUUAAAAUUCAAUUUUUUGCUCAAUUUGUCCCGCUGCAAGAGGAAAAUGAAUGAUGUUGCAGAAGCAAUCGAGCUAGCAACACAAGCAAUUGAAAUCAAACCAAAUGCCUACGAUGGAUACUACGCACGCUCGAAGGCGCGGAUGGAGUACGCAAACUAUGGAGAAGCUCUAAGGGACGCCGGCAUAGCUCUGACAAAGGCACAUUCAACAUCGUUGGAAAUACGCGAAACGCUCACCCGAUUACACAGUGACCUGCAGAAACGGCAUGUGCAGGCUAUGGCAGAAGCAGGAAAUUCGACAGUGUUAAGUGGAGCUGGGGAAAGCAGCACCAGAUCUAGUUCCGUGCAUAGCAGCCGAUCAAUCGCUGAGUGCAUGGACAUUAUUACAGAUUUGUAAUGUAUAAACGCAACUCGAUACUUAAAGCAGAAUAAGUUUAGUUUUACAAUUUAACAAUAAAAAAAAAACGUAAAACCGAAAAAAGACUAAUGCAAAUCAUCAUUCGCAAUGCAAUAAAACCCUUAGUGUGUUAACUUUCCUUAGGGUAAUCUUUUAAAUUUAGUUUUCAUUUUCAACAUUUCUACUUAAUAGCACUAAAAGUGCACAAUACUAUUGUAACGUAUAAUUCCUUUGAAAAAUGUUGUGCAACUUAUUCAAUCUAGCUUAAAAUCGACAGCCUUAACUUAACGAAGCGAAUGUUAUUCUAAAUUAUUUAUGAGUGAUCCAGGAACGUUAACUUGAAGCAUUUCUAGAAUUUGUUCUUAAUUCUAUUAGCCAUACAUGCAAUGUAGGUAUUGUACAUAACUUGAUGGGAUGUUGAAAGAAGACAUUUAAUACAUUUCAAACUAUUUAUCAUGCAUGUUCUAGGGCUUAGACAAAAGGUUUAUGUGGUUUCAAGCAUUCUUAGGAUAGAAUUAAAUUAUUUUGAGUGUAUAUAAAACAACAUUUCAUCAUUUCUGUACCCAAUUAAAUCGAGAAUAAAAUAAUGUAAAUUUUA